AUGCCGCAUGUCACCCCCGAUCUACCGAGUUGGUCAAUCGACUUCGCAUGCUCCAACCGUGUAGGCAAGCGCCAGCUGAAGUGGUGGAAUCAUUCGCAUCGAUACAGGCAGUUCUCGGCAGGUGGUAGAAUCGACCGCGAACAAAAGCUCGAGAAGGGAGGCUCAGUACCGAAGGUAUCAAGUGAUUGGACAUGUUUAUCCUUGCGAGGUCUGCUGGUCGACCAAGUAGAGCAAGUCAACAGCGUAUACGAGGUUUCUGAUGAGGAAGACCUUGACUAUCGGAAGAUACGGGACAUAAUGUCGGACGCAAGGCAACUGGUGGAAGGACGAGAUAGCUAUAAACGUUAUCCGGCACAGUGGUGCGAAGCCCUGUGGCGGACCAUGAUCGGUGAUCUCGUCAUGGCUGAGUAUCCUAUCGAACGAGCGAAAGCAACACACGCUUCGGAAUUUCUCGAGAUCGAACGCGCACUCAACAAUGAAGAAUUCCCGCCACAAGGCCACCAGUCCAAUUAUCCUCCACACGGAAUGAGCGGGCUAUUUGAAUCUCUCUGUGGUAUGGUACCGAAUCAUGCUUUCUUCAUUACAAAGAGAGGUUACCUCGGUAUGGGCCCGCCUACUACCUUGCCGGAAGACCAGAUCUGGGUCUUUUAUAACGGUGACGUACCAUUCGUCAUGCGGAAAAGAAACACGGAAGAAGUUGAGAAUGGAUAUCAUGAGCUUCGUCUUGUUGGAGACGCGUAUGUACACGGCAUCAUGGACGGCCAGGCUAUCUCAGACGAACAGGUCACUCAGACAGCUCACAUUUACUAA